AGUAACAACACUCAUAUACUUGCUUUAGUUAAAGUUUAGUAGCAUAUAGAUCUGAUUCUGUUCGAUGACGAUUCAUACCGAUCCAUCUGCUACAUACAGAUGCAAAAACUGCCAAAACCCUGUUGCUUUCCGCGCUGAACUACUUUCCAAAAACUAUCUGGCAAAAACUGGGCGAGCAUUUAUGUUCUCUCAUGCAAGGAACAUCGUUUUGGGGCCAAAACAAGAGAGAAGUCUCAUGACUGGUGUGUACACUAUUGCUGGUAUCUUUUGCAGCAACUGUGGUGAGGAAUUGGGAUGGAAGUACCUACAAGCUUAUGAGGCAAGACAGAAGUUCAAGGAAGGAAAGUUCAUAAUUGAAACGGCAAAGAUUGCCAAGGACUACUACUAGCUUGUAUAUUGAAGGCUACAAACACUAAUUAAGGUGUUGAGUUGAUAAGUUUCUCAAUAAAUAUUUGUAUGAGAAAAAAGAUAGAGAGAUAAAAUAAAUUAAGUUUCACACAAGAAUAUUUUUUUUUCCAAAUUUACAGUCACAAUUUUUUUUAAUUACUGUAAUUCGGAUAUCUGAUUAUUCGAUAGGAUCUGAGAUAUUUUUAUAAGGUUUGAUACAUUAGAUUAAUUACAAAAUUAAUUUUUAA